UAUAAACUGCUUUAUCUGCAGGACAUUAUUAUAAACUGCUCGAUCCAGUCCUCUUAUCAGGUCAUCUAAAUAAUUAUAUGCUUUCAGGCUUUUAGGUCAGUGUCUUUAACAUUGUAACCAGCAGAGCACAGAACUGGGAGGCUUUCAUACCAUUGGGAGGGCAUCUGUAACUUGUGUUAGGAGGGAAAGGGGGUAAUUUACAACACCCAUUAUGGAAAAGUUGCAGAAAUGUCCUUUUCAACAAGGGACGAUCCCCAAUCAACGAGUAGUUACAGACAAUGGCAGCCAUGAAAGCAUACUUUUCCCACUGGUUCUGCUGCCCCCUGCCUCCAAUGAAGGUAAAAUGAGCCUCCCCUGCUUUCCGAAUACCAUCCGCAACAAUAGAGAGUGGAUUGACAAUCAGCUGAAAGAGGUGGGGGCAUUGCUUUUCCGAGGAUUUCCGCUCAAAACUGCCUCUGAUUUUAAUGAAGUGGUGGAGGCACUUGGAUGGGAGGAGCACACCUACAUGGGUGCAGCUGCAAGGAAAAGGGUACAUGGAAGAGUUUUCACUGCAAGCGAGGCUGCUCUGCAUCUACCAAUCCAUUUCCACCAUGAGAUGUCCAAAUUUGAGGACUUUCCCGCCAAAUUACUCUUCUUCUGUGAGAUUGCCCCACCUGAAGGUGGACAGAGUGCAAUUGUGUUGAGCCAUAAGAUUACCCAGAGGAUGGAACAGGAAUUUCCAGAAUUAGUGGCAAAGUUGGCAAAAGAGGGGCUGCUUUACUCAUCCGUUCAUCCCGAGAAAGAGGAGGAUGACCCCACCUUUCUGUUGAAGAGUUGGAAAACCCUUUUUCGAACUGAGGAUAAAGAAGAGGCAGAAAGGUUUGCAGAGCGUGAUUUCAACUGGAAGGUCACCUGGGAAGGCAGCCGAAUGAUCCUUAAGAUGGGACCUCUUACCUCCAUCAGAACUUUUGAUGGAAAUGAGAGUAAGAAAGCCUGGUUCAAUCUGUUAGCAUUUGGGAGUACACACUCUAAUAUUGUGAUUCUGGGAGAUGGGUCUGAGAUCCCUCCAGAGGCAAUUGAAAAGUGCAAGCAAAUAGCUGAGGAGGAAUGUGUGGAUAUAGAUUGGCAAGUGGGUGAUGUGGUUGUGAUUGACAAUAGAUAUGUACAGCAUUCAAGGAGGCCCUCCAAACCACCCAGAACAAUUCUUGCUGCCUUCUGUAAGUAGUAGACUUAAAUACUCUGGAUAUUUACCUAGUUAGGCUUGUGGGGAUUGCCAUAGCAGUGAGAUAAGCAAUUUGUGACAAAUAUGUCCGGUUCUUUUAAGAAUCAGACUCAAAACUCAAAGAUAAGCAUUGUGAAUCAUCUAUAGUUCGCCAAAUUGCAUCCUCUGGAUUUUUAUGGUAUGUAAGGAUAUUUCAUUGUCACUAACUUACUGUUCAAACUCUUCA